AUGGAACUUGAACUGAUUCUGCUGGCGAUUCUCGCCAUCAUAAGCCAUGCAAAUGGAGCAGAGUACGAACUUGUGGUGGUGGAUGAGGAUAUAUUCAGCAGUUGUCCUGACGCUGGUCCCGGCACACUGGACAUACACGGCUUGUUCGAUAUGUCAGAGUUCUCAACUUCCAUGGAUUCUGAUGGAGUCACUGUGAGCGGAAACACGACUAUGGUGUGGGACAUCCAAGUGGACGAUCGCGUAACGCUCUCUAUUAACCUUCUUUAUUUGGAUCGAGGCACCUGGAAGCCGACAAUGUUCUCAUUGUUUAGUCAGGAUUUCUGUAAGGCCAUGUACGAAAAAAAUCAGAUAUGGUAUAAAGUCUGGACCCAACAUAUUUCGAACGACAUCAAGGAUAAAUGUCUUAAUAAUCCUGGGACGAAAAUAAUUUUGGAGACAUAUUUGGUAAGUUUGACGACUACAAUUCCGGGACAAUUUCGUGAAGGACAUUACAAAUAUAACAUAGUCUUCCGAGCUUUCGAUUCCUCCGGAGCCGAAAGGCCAACUCGUAUAUGCUACGAAAUAUUGGGCGACAUAUUUAAAGUUAGGAGACAAUAAUAAUAACCUCAUUAUAAUAUUUCUAUCAUGUUUUGCCAAACGUCCAA